GAGCGAAGGCGGAAGCGCGGUGCCCGCUCCGGGCUGCAGAGGGACCCACCGGCCGGUCGCCGCGCUCAGGGUCACAGCAGCUUCGAGGGGAGCCGGCAUGGCCGGGACGGGGCUCGCCAACUUCUUCCGAAACAGCUUGCGGCGCAAGUCGGCUCGAAGAGAUGUAAAUCGGGACGCACCCCCGGACGAAAGCAAAUCCGAAUCUGCAAGGAGGCCGGGAGAGCGAAGCCACUUCUGCUACUCACCAGGACAGUUCUUCUUCGAAUACCUCGUCGUGGUUUCACUAAAGAAGAAAUCAGGGGGUGAUUAUGAACCCAAGAUAAUCUACCAGUUCCCAAAGCGUGAGAACUUACUGCGGGGCCAGAAGGAGGAGGAAGAGAGGCUGCUGCAAGCCAUCCCCCUCUUCUGCUUCCCCGACGGCAAUCACUGGGCCCCACUCACGGAAUACACCAGUGAAACCUUUUCGUUUGUCCUGACCAACGUUGAUGGCAGCAGAAAGAUAGGCUACUGCAGGCGGCUGCUGCCUGUUGGCCGGGGCCCUCGUUUCCCAGAGGUCUUCUGCAUCAUCAGCUGCCUGGGCUGCUUCGGAUUGUUCUCCAAGAUCCUCGAUGAAGUGGAGAAGAGGCGGCAGAUCUCCAUGGCCGUCAUUUACCCCUUCAUGCAGGGCCUCCGCGAAUCCCCCUUUCCGGCUCCGGGGAAAACGGUCACCAUUAAAAGCUUCAUCCCUGAUUCUGGAACAGAGCUCAUCGAACUCACGCGGCCCCUGGACUCCUGGCUGGAACACGUGGAGUUUCAGGCCCUUCUGCAGCAUCUCAGUCCAGAGAACAUCCUUUGGCUCUUCGCCUCUGCGGUUCUGGAGCGACGGAUUAUCUUCGUGGCAGAGGAGCUCAGCGUCCUGUCCCAGUGCAUCCAUGCCGUGGCAGCUCUUCUCUACCCCUUCUCCUGGGCGCACACCUACAUCCCCGUGGUUCCGGAAUGCCUGAUUGAUACCGUCUGUUGCCCCACACCCUUCAUGGUUGGAGUCCAGAAACGUUGCCUAGAGCAGGUGCUCGAUCAGCCGAUGGAGGAGGUGCUGCUGGUUGACUUGUGCGAAGGGAAGUUCUUAAGAUCGGUUGGCGACGAAAGAGACAUCUUACCGGCCAAGCUGCAGAUCGAGAUGCUGACUUCUUUGAAGAUGCACAACAGCAACAACAACAUACAGACAUCUGAACAAGUGAACACCCACGUCUCCAACACCUUCGUGCAAUUCUUCGUCAAAACUGUUGGCCAUUAUACAUCACACCUCAAGUGGAAUAAGAGCGGCCAGGGCUCCUUUCAGGAGAAGGCGUUCUGCAAAGCCAUCACCUCCAGGUCCUGCCGCAAGUUUGUGAAAAGAUUUGUGAGGACUCAGAUGUUUUCCCUCUUUAUCCAGGAAGCGGAAAGGAGCAGGAUAACCCAAGAAGGGUAUUUCCAGCAGAAAGUAACUGAAUAUCAAGAACAAAAAAAGAAACAAAGGAGAAAUUCCUGAAGUACUGUUCUGAAAGAGGGGAGCCUGGCUGGGCUUGGGCGGAUAUCUUCCUGCAGCAUAAUUCUGACCAGACUGGGUCAGCAUCUCACUCAAAGGCAGAGCACCCUUUGCUUUGCUGGCUCUGAGCAUCUCUGGAACCUAGCCCCUUUUCCUGUGAAUGAUGAGAUGCCUGGUCAACACAGGAUGCCAUUUUCUUCCCAGUCUCUUCUUUCUCAGGGCAUGAUUGCACUGGAAGCCUCUCUUCUACAUCACUAGCAAACAUGGAUGUGAUUCUUUUAUCCAGGCCAACUGACACCAUGGACCAAGCUGCAGUUCUUAGCCAAAGGGCAGCAUGUGGCCCCGUAAUGAGUUCCUAUUGGAUGACAAUCACGGACCUAACAUAGAAAUAGAGUGAAAUCGAGGCGGGAUUGUCUGCUUGCUGUAUAAUGGCUAAGAAUGUAGAAUAAUUAAGAUAAAAAUAUUCCUUACUGAUACAUUUUAAUUAUUAAAAAAAAAUCUAAAUUUUCUA